AUGGCUGCAGACACUAAAGAUUUUGAAAUGAUUUCCCAUAUUCCAUUCCUUACUAAAUAUAAGCAUGAUACAACCAAGGAUUGUAUUAUGUUGAAGAUUAUUCAUGUUCUUCCCCCUGCUGUUCCUAGCAGUCAAGUGAAAGCAAAAUCCUCAACAUGGGAGGCAUCGGGUGAGACAUUAAACAACAUUGACCAUGAAGCAAUGGCUGUUGACCCUGCACUUGUAUUAACCAUCCAGAUGACACCUGAAGUUGUACAAGGGAGGGGCCAUGAUAAGGCCGCUGAUUGGUGGAGUGUUGGAAUUUUAAUGUAUGAAAUGCUUUCUGGAAAGCCUUCGUUUAGAGGUAGAAACAGACAGAAGAUUCAAGAGAAAAUAGUGAAGGACAAGAUAAAGCUUCCAGGAUUCUUGUCAAGUGAAGCACAUUCGCUUUUGAAAGGGGUAAUGUUGUAA